UGUUUUACAUACAGCUGCACCACAUGUUGUCUGGGAAUCUUCACCCAUUUACAAUCCAGUCAAGCCCACGGCAAACCCAAAUCAGUUCGAAGCUAAUCGUCGUAAUGAGAACAUCUGCCUUGGCAUUGCGAGGAUCAGAAUACAGUACAGUUAUCUUUCGUACUCGAUCCAUUCAAGUGUCUCCCAAGUGUCAACCGAUUCGAAUUCUUUUGCGUGCAGAAAAUCAAUGUGCUGCUGUUGUGUGACCGUUUCGCUAAACCUAUUAUCCAAUCUAGUGCAACGCAUCGUCGAUGACAUAAUGGAACUGAUCUACUGCCAGAGAUGCCACUGUCCAGCUUCGUCUUCGGACAGCCUUCUUUCAGUGGUAGCAAUCGAAGAUCAAUACCAAUGCCACCGCCACAACCGUCUUUCGCCUUCCAGCAGUGAUCAACCGCAAAAGAUCGUGCAGCAACAGCUUGAGCGUGAAAUAGACGCUGCGGAGACAGACACGAAGGGCAGUGACCCGCUGGAAGUGACAGCACCACCAUCGGUGGGGUCUAGUUUUUACAACGUGAUCUACGAUACCGUGGAAUUGGAACCAUACUACUGGGCUGUGAACCGGCUGCAGAGCGAGGAAAUGCUCCGAGGAACUCCGGACGGAAGCUGCCUGGUGCGGCCGUUUAAGUUACAGCAUCCCCACAUCCGUUAUAUCCUUUCGGUGCACGCCGCGGGCAUCUACUUUCACCUGUUCAUUCGACUGACCACACCGAAUGGUCUGUACGCACUGGGUCUUGUAAAACAGAAGGAGCGCCGCUUCAAAUUCCCUGCCGAUAUUGUGCAGUAUUAUCGCACCCAUCGUCUGGAAUGUACCAGCAGCAGCGCCAUCGAGGGUGCCAAAAUUCGACUCCAUUUAUUGCCGAUCGUUAACCAGCCAGCCCGGAGCGAAGGAGCUGUGAUAUUGCCACGGACAGACAACGUAACGACGAUAACGACGGGAGCCUAAUUAACUCAUGUUCAAAACGCAUAAACUUUAUUACGUAAAAUAUUCUUCUGUAAUACUAUAUGUACAAACUUUUUUUUACGAUCAAAGUUCGAUUACAAAAAAUCAGUUAAGUGGUUAAUGGUUAAAAUCAA